AUGGGUGUCAAGGUCGCCGAUUCACCUUCUGCGUCCAGCUUUGGCCUGCUUGGUCGUGUCAUUCUCUCUAUCUUCAGCGUGUUGCCCUCCGUUCUGUACUGGACCAGUUACACCUUGCCGGCAUGGCUCUUCACGCUCUUCUCCAUGAGCUUGACUUUCACCAUGAACUUCACCACGUUGAUGCUUGUUGUGGUUUUCGCCGUGUCCACCAUCAGCUACUUCGUGAGGUACCGGUACAUGACCAUGUACGCAAGACUGCCCCCUGAACCCCAACGUGAGGAACCCCAGGUCGAAGUUUUUCCAGAUAGUGCCGAAAGCGACUCGAAGAGGGGCUUGUCUAACUAUCUUGAUGAAUUCCUGAGUGCUAUCAAGGUCUUCGGCUAUUUGGAGCGCCCAGUCUUUCAUGAGCUCACGCGAACCAUGCAGACUCGCCGAUUGGUGGCUGGAGAGACCAUUUUACUCGAGGAAGAGAAAGGCUUUUGUCUCGUGGUAGAUGGUUUGGUCCAAAUUUUUGUCAAGUCAAAUCGUGCAGAAUCUGAUUCGGAAGACGAAAUGGGAGGUGAAUCGCCCGACGGCUCUGCACAAGAAGGCCACCGACAGGGCUAUCAGCUUCUCACUGAAGUGAAAAAUGGAGCGCCCAUGUCCUCUAUGUUUUCCAUACUGUCCUUGUUUACAGAAGACGUUAAGCUGCGUCAUGACCAAGACGAUCUUGCAGAUUUAUGUGUACCAACAUCCCCCCGUGGUCAAGCCGUACCGCCCUUGUCUCGAACCGGCAGCUUUAGCAUGGAUAAUUCAAGACCACAAACACCUCGCGAAGUUCCAGAGUCCAAAUUGCGGCAUCGAAGAACAUCAACUCUGAAUAGUCCAACAGCAGGCGGCCGGCUCGAAAGCGUACCACCUCUGUCAUUAGACAUGGACGGAUUCGGUGGUGAACGUCUCAAACACACCAAAACUCGAAAAUCACCCUUGCGCCCUGCAAAGUCGAAAUCUGCCCACCCGGACAUUGUCGCACGUGCUGCCGUAGACACAACCAUUGCCAUCAUACCCGCCACUGCAUUUCGUCGAUUGACGCGCAUCUACCCCAAAGCAACAGCGCAUAUUGUACAAGUCAUUCUUACCCGUCUACAAAGAGUUACACUUGCCACCAGUCAUGAGUAUCUGAGUUUGACGAACGAAGUGCUCCGUACAGAGAAGCUUAUGAACAAGUACACAACGUACGAUCUUCCGGGCUUCCUGCGAGACGCUCCGCUCGAGCGACUCAAGGAAAAAUUUGCCAAAGAGACGGAGCGCAUUGGUCCGGAUGAAGGCAUGAAGGGCAUCGCACUGCACAAUCCGGGCGCUGGUCGUCGAAACAGAUCCAGUGUAUCAUUGAGACGAGGCACAGCUGCGCAAGCUCGCCUUGCCGCUGCACGGGGCGCAACACUCAACGCCGGCUUUGAAGUACUGCCUACAAUCACCUCGCCUGACCAAGGGCCGCGCAAUGAUCGUAUCAGCGCUGGCGAUCUGUUGACCAACUCACAAGCGACCCGAGGGGCAGGCCGCAGUAGUCGGAACAGCUUCUCUCAGCCAUUUCAACAAGAACGUCGCGAUGCUCGGACACCACUCGAUGCUGGAUCUUUCAAUCCCUUUGCUUCUCCCUCACUUCGCCCCAAGACACUUCAUCGUCAAGAAUCUAUUGACGAGGCCACCGUUUUCAGAGAGUCCAUACUUGGUUGCAUGUUCAAGGCUAUCGGACUCACUAAUCCGGAAAACCCAAUGCCCAGACCAACUGCAUCAGUAGAACAGUCACCCCAACUCGUUUCAUUCGACGCUAGCCGGCAGAAAGCCGUCUUUACGAAUGCAUUUGGCUUCAUCGAUCCUUACGCAGCUUCACGAGAUGGCGAUACCGAAUCUGUAGCAUCUGCGUCAGGCAUGUCAAACGCAAGCGGUGUAGGAUCGCACAACAUUGUGGAAGAGAUUGUAAAUGACGUAGAGAUUGUCUUCUUCCCCAAAGAUUCUGUUCUUGUAGAGCAAGGCGAACGAAACCCCGGCUUGUACUAUGUGAUCGACGGAUUCCUCGACGUGAGUGUACUCAUGGAAGAAGAGAAAUCUGAAACUAGCACGUUCGGAAAUUUUUCGAACGUUCCUGGAUACACUGAAGAAGACCUGUUUGGCCCUCCGCUCCGACCGGUUAGCUCAAAUACUCCUUCACGCUCGAGUGGGGAAGGCACGAAGAAGAAGCGCACAAGGCGAAGUCUCUUCAUGACAAAACCUGGUGGCCUAGCCGGAUAUCUUGGGGCAAUAUCAUCCAAUCGGUCUUUUGUUGACGUUACCGCCAAAACCGACGUCUAUGUAGGCUUCCUGCCUCGUGCGGCCAUUGAACGGAUAGUGGAGCGCUAUCCAGUGGUGCUGCUUACCAUGGCUAAGCGCCUCACGACACUCCUACCACGUCUGGUUCAGCAUAUCGACUUUGCGCUUGAGUGGGUUCAGGUGAACGCUGGGCAAGUCAUCUACAACCAGGGCGAUGAGAGUGAUGCGAUAUACAUCGUAUUGAACGGACGAUUAAGAGCAAUACGUGAUGCUGAAAACAACGAUGUCAAAGUUAUUGGCGAAUACGGUCAAGGUGACAGCGUGGGCGAGCUCGAAGUGCUUACCGAAUCAUCACGCCCUGGGUCGUUGCACGCCAUUCGGGAUACCGAACUUGCAAAGUUUCCAAAGACGCUUUUUAAAAGCCUUGCUUUGGAAUAUCCUGGAAUUACCAUCAAAAUCUCGAAGAUUAUUGCAUCUCGGAUGAGAGCUUUGGUCGAUGAUCCACUCCACGAACAGAGUAAAGAGCGGAGUUCCAAGGCCACGCGGGCGAAUGUGUCUUCGACGAUCAACCUUCGUACCGUUACCAUUCUUCCAGUCUCGGCUGGAGUUCCAGUGGUGGAUUUUGGAAGCCGGCUUGUGAAUGCAUUGGCACAAAUCGGCAUACCUCAAGGCGUCGUUUCGCUCAAUCAAGCGGCCAUUCUAAACCACCUUGGAAGACAUGCUUUCAGUCGAAUGGGUAAACUCAAGCUUUCACAGUAUCUUGCUGACUUGGAAGUAAAGUAUGGCAUGGUAAUAUAUGUUGCUGACACGCCAGUCAAGUCGCCUUGGACGCAGACAUGUAUUAACCAAGCCGAUUGUAUUCUUCUUGUGGGUUUAGCAGAAGCUUCGCCAAACAUUGGCGAAUAUGAGCGUUUCCUGUUGACGACGAAGACGACGGCACGAAAAGAGCUAGUACUCCUACAUUCGGAAAGAUAUUGUGCUUCUGGUCUCACACGAAAGUGGUUACGAAACCGACCUUGGAUCAACGGCAGCCAUCACCACAUCCAGAUGUCAUUCCGCGCAACAUCGGAACCAGUUCAUCAUGCUGGCCGGCGGUUUGGAAACGCACUCAAGCAACGAGUGCAAGUCAUCCAAGCCGAGAUCCAAAAAUACACGUCAAGGAAAGUUCGUCAAACCCCUCUCUACUCUGCAGAUACACCAUUCAAAGGCGACUUCCAUCGGCUCGCUCGCCGACUAUGUGGUCGGUCAGUCGGGCUUGUGCUGGGGGGUGGUGGAGCUCGUGGUAUUGCGCAUAUUGGCAUUAUCCGCGCACUGGAAGAGGCAGGAAUCCCGAUUGAUAUUGUAGGAGGGACAUCUAUUGGCAGUUUUAUCGGUGCUCUAUACGCAUGGGAUGCAGAUGUGGUUCCUAUGUUUGGCAGGGCGAAGAAGUUCUCGGGUCGCAUGGGCAGCAUGUGGAGAUUUGCACUUGAUCUCACAUAUCCCUCUGUUUCGUACACUACUGGCCACGAGUUCAACCGUGGCAUCUUCAAGACUUUCGGCAACUCGCAGAUUGAAGACUUCUGGCUUGAGUUCUACUGUAAUACGACCAACAUCAGCAAGUCGAGGUCGGAGAUUCACACGUCAGGCUAUGUAUGGCGCUAUGUCCGUGCGUCCAUGUCACUUGCGGGUCUACUGCCGCCACUAUGCGACGACGGCAGCAUGCUUCUAGAUGGAGGCUACGUCGACAACUUGACUGUAGCGCACAUGAAGAGUUUAGGUGCAGACAUCAUCUUUGCGGUCGAUGUCGGCAGCCUUGACGACAACGCGCCACAAGCGUUCGGCGAUUCACUCAGUGGCUUCUGGGCAACAUUCAAUCGGUGGAACCCAUUCUCAAGCUUCCCAAAUCCGCCGACACUAUCAGAAAUACAAUCCCGACUGGCAUAUGUGUCUAGCAUUGAUGCGUUGGAGCGAGCGAAGAAUACGCCGGGAUGCAGGUACAUGCGGCCACCAAUCGAUCCGUACGGUACACUAGACUUUGCGAAAUUCGACGAGAUAUACGAAGUCGGGUACAAAUAUGGCAAAGAGUACUUAGCGCAGCUGCGUGAGCAAGGCGUGCUUCCAGUGACUGAGGAGACGGAGAAAGAAAAGAAUCUCCGUCGGACAAUGGCGCCGCGACGGGCGAGCAUCUAG